GAGGGGCGGUGCGGCUGCGGCUCCGCCCCGGCCCGGAGCAGCUAUGGCGGGGCUGGAGGCUUUGUACGCCUUGGCAAGGGCUGCCAUCUCCCGCCCGCAGGAUGCCCUGGUCUGCGGCAUCCACUGGGAGCUGGUCCGGCACGGCUACCGCUGCCUGGGCACCGGCGACCAGCCAGGUCCUGGUGAAAGGAAGUCAGAGCUGUUGCCUGCCGGCUGGGAAGCCAACAAGGAGGUGUAUACACUGCGCUACAAGUCCACAGACAAUUCCCAUGAGCUGCUGCUGAAGGCCAUCAUGGUGGAGGACAGUAUGAUCCUCAAUGUCAUGGAUUGCAGCUCUCAGAAGGUGGCAGAUGUGACCUUGGCAGUGGCUGACUUCAUCAACCCAGAGCACCUGGACGAUUUCCACAAGGUGUACAAGAACACCGAGGAGCUGAGCACAAGAAUUGCUUCAGGCAUCAUCGCUCCCCUUGGGGCCCCUGCAGAAAAGCCCAGAAAUGAGCCYGAGUCCAGAGAGGAUGUGCUCUGGGAUGAGGACCCGCUCCGACUCCCUCCCCGGCGGCCAAUGGGCACCAGGGCCCCAUCCAGCCCUUCCCCCUUGAGCCCCUUUGCUGUUGGUGGGGAAGACCUGGACCCUUUGGGAGGUCGAAGUGGGGGAAUGAUUGUGGAUCCUCUCCACUCUGGUUUCCCGCAGCCUGGCAUUGACCCGUCAUCGGGCAUCCCAGGCAGACUUCCCCCAGGAGCUGUUCCACCAGGUGCCAGAUUUGACCCUUUUGGCCCAUUAGGAGUUGGGCGACCCGGGCCSGAUCCAGAUCACCUUCCCCCUCCAGGCUACGACGACAUGUUCAUGUGAGGAGUCAGCGUGUGCCUUCUCAUGGAUGAGUCUUCUGGGAAGYGGGGGCACUUCCCCUCUUCACUUCCCAUCUGGUGGAUGUACAUCUUUCCAGAAGCAUUUUCCUUCUCUCCGUUUUGGGCCACAUUCCCAUGUGUCCCAUCAGCUAUAAAGGCUUCCCUGUUAGCAGAACGGAAGAGGAGGCAGUAGUAGGUCAUUUCAUUGCUCCUCUGGGGGUGCCUGGCUGUUUGCACCCAGUGAGGUGGGAGUGUGGGGUGUGGUACUCUGGGAACAGCCUGGGUGCUGUGGGAUUUCUCUGCUUCUCCGCGGUGGCAGAGCUCGCUACUGGGGUCCCAAAAGUGGUGGGUGUGAGGAGGGAGCUGGAUUCUUUGUGCUCCUCUACAGGAAACCACAGCAACCUCAUGAAGGGGAUAGCCAGAGUAGGCUGCCCACAGAGAUGAUUUCUUUCUCGCUCUAUCUGAGCAAAGCACUGAUUGAAGGGCUGGAAAACCCAGCCUAUGGGGUGUCCAUGGGCAGACCCCCAGCAGCAKCUGGGAUUAUGAUUCUGCCUGCUGGCUUUGAAGAGCACCACCAGCAAAGCUUUUGAUGUGCAUAAGAAGUGACAGAUUGAAUUCCUGGCUCACCUUGCCCCCUCUCUUCCCUGCAGCUGUGGUGUUUUUCAUUCCUGGGGUGUCUGUGAAGCCCCACAGGAAGUGUGGCAAGGGGUGCCCACUGGGUACUGCAUGGAUCUGGGGUAAGAGGGAGGGAGCUUUGCCAAAUAGGUUUCUAGAACACAUUUUCCUAUUGUCAGUCUUGUUGUAUGUGGCUCUGCGUAUCUGGCUUGGGAAGAAUGGGUGAGAUCUGUGUGACUCAGGCUCCUGARCUCUCUGGAAACCUCCUUUCCCAAUAGAUCCCCCAGCUCCGUUGAUUUUGGGGCUGCAGCCCAUCUCUUCUGUCAGGGGCUCACACUGUUUUUCUUCUUGUGGUUUGAUCUCUUGGAAGGAUGUUCAUGAGACUUGAAAUAAAAACCUGACAAACA